GAGAGAGAUUGCUGGUUCGUGGUUUGACACGUGCUUGUACAAGUUGGCAUUCGGAUCAGAGUCAUACCCUUAUCCGCGUGACUUAGAAACUCUGCGCUUCGGCUAUGUAAAUCGUUUAUAACUUGACUGUUCUUCUCCUAUAUGUAUUAAACUCCUCCCUAAAGAAGGAGCUGUACAGUAUGUUUCACUGAAUUGAUAGAUUGGUGAGGGUACAGUCUUGGGAAUUUAAUAUUAUAUAUGGAUUUCGUGUCGUUUGUUGUCAAUACUUGUUUAUUUUUUACGUAUUCUUCGCUGUUUUAACAUUGCACACAGUCUGUCUCUCCCGCGUCUACACAGGCAAUAUUAGUAUGAAUUGUCUGGGAGCUGAUUAAACCGCAGUUGUAGAUUCUAUGUGAUCCGGGCCAGUAGAACUUGAAGUUCCAGGCAAUUGUGAUUUUUCCAUAGUGCGUGGUAUGUCGAGUUGGACGCGCUUUAUGACUUUUUGCGGAGCCUUUCAGGGAUGUACGUUGAGUAAUUUUUAAAAAUAUUUGAAUCGUUGUUUAAUGGAAGUGUAAAAUAUAUAACGAAAGUGUUCCACAUCGGAGUGUGAAAUUUUCGAAAGUUAUAUAAGUGUGCUAACAGUUUUAUUGAACUUUUAACUUUUGAGUGACGUUUUGUGGUUAACAGGAGUCAACAAUUAAGAAGUGUUAGUAUACUGUGAUGUGUGAUUUUGUGAGCAAUCUCGUUGAGGGUUAAAAAAUAUUCUUCAUUUUAAUAUUGUCAGAUACGAAUUAUUUCUGGUACUUUUCCUGCAUAUUGUCAAUAAUAUUCAAUUGUUGAUCUAGUCCUCCUUUCAGGACUUUGUGAUCACAUAAGUGGAGAUUGGAAGGGAUCAUGUAUGGUGUGAUGUUUUGAAACAUGCCGAAAGAGCGAUGGUUUUAUGAUUUUCAGUAUGAGAUGCCUCAUCGGUGGGGCACUUCCGAAUCAGUCCUAUUGCUACUAUGCGAAUCAGUUCUGUUAUUUCCUGGAAAUUUUCUUUAACUAAACCGGUGGCUUUUUAAUAUUAUAUUCUUUUGAUUUUCCGCCAGUUUCCGUCAAAAGGAAGAACAGGAUGUCAAAUAUAUUAGAUUUUAUACAUCGCUUCAGUUUCCCUCCAUUUUCUUGGUUUCUACAAUUUCGCCAUUUUCUAAGCCAACUGGCGCGUUAUUUUUUGGGAGACGGAAGUAUUGUCGCUUCCUUCUAGCAUCUGAGGGUUACAUAAGAACCAAACUUUAAUACAUUUUGGGUAUAGAACUGAACGUUCCCGCUGAUUACUUGUAAGUUCUAUUAUCUGGACUUUGAUCAAUUUCGUGCCAAUUCACUCAAUCAAAACUGCUAGUAUCAGUCGGAACGGGUUUGAAAUGGCAAUAUGCAGUGUAGCUCUAAGCAUGGUUAGCAACAUUAGUCUGCUUUUCUCUUUUUGUUUGCUUCGUGUUUCUUGCUGUUUUUCCUUACACUCAGGCAAUCGUGGGUCGAUUCAAAGAAAGAAAAACUUUUUCCAAUGAAUAAAGACUGCAAAUUGUAAGGAAAAAUUAAAAGACCAAAAACAGUCUAUCAAAAAUUAAAUAUUGAUCAAUGAAAACUUCUCUUUAUAUAGACUAUAACGUUUUGUGUAGAAAGAAAUACUGUUAUAUUGUUACACCUAUAACAGUUGAGUGCUAGUUUGACUUAAAAGAUGUUCAUAAAGCAUCUAACAAUUUUGGAAGGUCAUAAUCUACUUUGUGUAAAAAUGCGGCAGUUAUAUGAUAACAGUUAAGUGCAUAAGUCCCUAAUUUGAAAAAAAAAACUACAAAACUAUUAAUCUGCUGAAAAUAAAAAUAAAAAUUAGUGAAAUGGGUUCUGAGUCGAUUGCACAUAGUGGAUACUUUCCAGAUAGUGCAACUUCUGCACUAGGAAAUUAUUUUACGCAAAUGUCAACCAACUCAACAAACAGUAACACAUCGGCAAGUUCGCCAAAUUCAAAUAACUCUCCACCAAAUCAAUGGAGUGUGAGUGGUUCACAACAACAACAACAACAGCAGCAACAGCACCAAUCGCACCAACCGCAACAAAUCCAUCACCAAUUACAGCAUCACCAACAGCAUCAUCCACUUCAGCAGCAGCGACAAACGACGUCAGCAUCUUCGGCAUCAUCAUCAUCAUCAUCCUCAGUUUCAUCAACACAACAGGAUCUCUCGCCACAGAACCUUCAGUUAGCCGCGAAUAAUCAUAACUUGCAUUUGUUCAGUGUAAACUAUCAUCAACAAAGGACAAAUCCGUGGAAUAUUCCAAAUAUGUCGGCUGCAUAUCAAAGAAUUUACAGUGAAAAUCAUUAUCCAAAUUUCGCACAUCAUCAUCAUCACAACCAUCACAAUAGUCAUGUAAGCAGUAGUAGUCAACCAAUGAGUGUGAAUGCUAACAAUGAAAAUAACGUUGGACACCAGCAACAACAAAACAGUCAUCAUAAGAGAUGCGGCAAUCAUUCAGUUUUUCUCUAUUCAGGUAAAUCAGGCAACAGCAAAGACAUCUGCGGAGAUGAUAAAUUCAAAGAAGAUGGUGAUCCGUGGAAUGUUGAAGCACAAGCUGCCUUCCUUGGACCAAAUCUAUGGGAUAAGACUUUGCCGUAUGAUGCUGAUCUUAAGGUAACCCAAUAUGCCGACUUGGACGAGUUCCUAUCAGAAAACAAUAUCCCUGAUGGAUUGCCGGGAACCCACCUAGGACAUUCAGCAGGUUUGGGCCACCGUUCUGAUUCCUUGGGGCACUCAGCUGGUUUGUCCUUGAGUCUUGGACAUGUUACCACCAAACGUGAACGAUCUCCAUCACCGUCGGACUGCGUGAGUCCCGAUACGAUCAACCCACCAUCACCUGCGGAGUCAAUGUUUGAUAUUUCAGCGUUUUCAUUUGCUUCUUCUGGACGUGAUUUUGAUCCACGCACGCGGGCAUUUUCUGAUGAAGAGCUGAAACCCCAACCGAUGAUUAAAAAGUCUAGAAAACAAUUCGUUCCAGAUGAACUAAAAGACGAUAAAUAUUGGGCAAGACGACGAAAGAAUAACAUUGCUGCUAAACGGUCACGAGAUGCACGCCGACAGAAAGAAAAUCAAAUUGCAAUGCGUGCAAGAUAUUUAGAGAAGGAGAAUUCAACAUUACACCAAGAAGUCGAAAAUUUAAAACAAGAAAAUAUGGAGUUGCGGGCACGCUUAUCAAAAUACCAAGAAGUGUAAUGCUGGCUGUUACUGUUAUUAUUUAAAUAAAGUUAAAAUCAACGAAAUUUACUUGCAUAGUAAUAUUAAAAAUAUAAUAAGGAGGCAAAAAAAAAUACAUAAUCGAGAAUAAUGAGAAGUGAAAAACCAGGCAACUUAUUAUGAAUGAUUGAAGCAGAAAAAUUGAAACAAACUCUAUAUAAUAAAUAAUAUUGUUAUAUUUAUAAUUUAAAAUAAAAAAAAAAGUGAAUAAAAAAACUACGUUUCAAAAUUAGUUAUAAUGCAGAAUAAACUAAAAUGAUGAAAUUGAAGUAAAAUCGUUAAAUUAUAUACAGAAAAUAAAGCAAAAUUAAAACGAAUAAAAUAAAAAUAAUUUAUGUAAAUAUAGUAAAAAUGGCAGGAUAAGAGCAAAUAUUUUCGUACGUUAAGUUUUAAAUAGAAAACAAAAAAGGCAAAAUCUACAAAAAUAAGCAGAUUGUUAUUUGAAUGAAAAAUCAUUAAAAAAAAGAGAAAAUGCUUCUAAAUCGGUACUUUAUACAACACAUUA